AUGUAAACAAAGGUAACGUUCUCAAGAAAGGGAUUACAGCGCCUAGUUAAAUCUUCUGUUACAAAUCUUUUGCCGUACUGUCAUCAUGACAUUGUCGCUGCUUGCUAGUUGUUGGUAAACAGGUGCAAUUAUUUCAGGUGAAUUCGGAGUAUGGAAAGUAGGUCAAUUCGUGAUAAGUGAUACGAUGACAUUGUUUUGAAAAAAAAAAUACGGUGACAGAAAUCUAGCUAGUUUACAAAGAUCAUGAGUUUAGAAACUACCGACAUCUUGGAUAACAAUAAUACACCUCUUAUGGACUGUGGCGCUGUUCAUAACCUGAAAAGAAGGAGGGUAGAUGACGAAUAUACAGAACAACCCCCGGAAACAACUCCCUUAUACAGGAAGCAUUUGAUCCCAAUUAGUCGAAACAGCAGUGUUUUCUCAACAACAGACUGGAAAGACAGUGGUACGGCCAUUUUCUGCCCUGUCACGCAUGAUUUGUUUCUGAAUAUUCAUAAAUAUGACCAGAUCACCACUUGCCAGGGGAAUUUCUUCGUUGGGAAUGUAGAAGGGAAUUACGAGAAGACUAUUAGAGGCGAUGUAGUUCACCUCUGGAAACACGACAAAGUACAACGACAGUUUUACAUUGCGCAAUCCUUACUCUUCGCCGUGCCACAGGAUUUUGCCAUUAUGCAGAAAAUUUUACAUUCCGUAUGAAUGCUGAAAUGCAAUAGCAGGUUUCACAUCACCUGUUGCCAUAAACCACCAUUCUCUGUAUCAUUAUUCCAUAACCAAAGCCUCAUCAUUUCUUAUCGAUAUACCAGUACAUGAGGAAGGCUUACAAACCUCUUACCAUUACACGUGAAAUACAUGGAUGCUUACAAAGCUUUUUCCACACUAUAUUCAUUUUGGAAGGAAUUGUUCAUGAAGAUGUGUGUGUGUGCGUGCGUGUGUGUUAAACUGUUUUAGGAAUGUAGCAUUUUUAUUACACAUUACACAUAUCACAAAAAAGUAUAACUUAUUAUGGUGACGAAUAAGGGCUGAUAUUAAGAAGUUAAAAUUCAUUUGUGGAAACGAAAUAAAAAUAUUUGACCAAAAUUUUAUUUGUAAAUAAAGACUAAGUUAAAUUUUAUUCACCGUCGGAAUUAAUUCGGUACUCGUAGUGCCAAACACUGCUAAGGAGAUGAGCGAACAAGGCGUGCAAAAUGCCUAUAGCUUCAAAUAUAUAAAAGUUAAUUUGUGAUUUAAGUAUAUUGAGAGUAAAGGUCUUAUCACUGAAAUGUAUGAAAUUUUGAUGAAAAAAACUCUGCUGCAGAAAAUUCCUUCGUCGAAAAUCAUUCUAUGAUUUUUUUUUUAAAAAAAUGUGGUAUUCUUCGGGUUCGUUUGGUGUCAUAAAAGUGUAUUUUUAAGGUAUAGUGGGUCUUUGCUCCAUGUUUUGUUAACCAAAAAUGUAUAUUUUUAUACAUACUUUGAGUGUAGAAAUCUUUCAAAAAAAUGGAGCGAAGACCAACUCAAAUGGAAAAAUUGAGUUCAGUAUGAAGAAUGGGCCAUUUUUGCCCCUGUUUGGUGUAUGUAUGUCUUUCAUUGACGAAUAAUUUCAUUCUUUUUAGAUUGUUGCUAUUUGUGGAUAUUUUUACAUAAAGUAUAUGUUAAUGUUAAAUGAAAUAUCUAUAUAAGAAUUUUUUUUCUUAUUUGAGAUUUAAUUUUCACUUUCUUAUUUGUUGCACAAUAGGCAUUUUUCUCGCCUUGUUCAUCCAUAUUCUUUGAUAUCUCAAAUAUACUAGUACCCGAUUUUCCAUAUAACGUUACAUGCACAUGUAUAGUCUAAAGUUAUUGUUAUCAUCAAAGUUAUUGAUGAAGAUAAAGGAACCAUAUCGUCUGCUACUUUAUAUCAGUACAUGUAAUAGUAAUCUAAAUAAAUUAAGUAUAUUUUUCACUGAAUUUUUAAAUUACAUUGUUUAUAUCAUAUCUCUGAUAUAAUACGUAUGGUGCUGUGUCCUAUAAAUAUACCAACUUUGUGUUAACCAUUAACGGCUGCAACUGUACCCUAACCCAAGAUGGCGUCAUUGAGAUAAUCGUUUUUGUUUGUAUGGUUAAACCUGAAAAAUUGUGUAAUCCUUGUCUGUCAUGAUUGAAAAUAAUUUUAAUUCAGCAGGUCAGCAUUUCAUUAUAAUUGUGUACAUGUAUUAUUAAUACCUGAUCAUCUUGUGGAAAAUAAUCUCACUUGUUUGAUAAUUAAAAGUUAUAGUAAGUACCAUAAUUUUAAGAGCUUGGAUGACAUAUACCUUAUGAU